AUGAGUAGAGCCAAAGAAAUCCAAGAAAAGCUAGCACUUAAUGCUAAACUUCAGAUCGCUCUGAAUUCUAAUACAUCAAAAGUAUUAAGUUGGUUGGGUGGAGAACAAGACGAAGAAAAGAAUAAGGAUUCAAAUGGUACCAAAAAUGAACAAGCUUAUAAUAUCAAGGAUCUCGAAGAUAGUAAAAAAAUGUUCUUUCAACUUCCUGUUGUACAAAUCGGUUCUGGUCUCAGUAUAGGUGACAGUACUGAUAACGAAGGUAGCACGGAUAUCCACACCAUUGGUGAAUUUGUGAAGAGUAAUAAAAAAGUUAGCAGUCUGGCAAAAAAGAAAAAGAGAUCAGAACAUUUAAAUGAGAGAAAUAAUAUAUAUAGAGUGGCAAAGGAUGAUACUAGAGCGAUGGUAGCAUUAAAGAAUAAAAUCAGAACUGGAAGACGAGAAGAUAUUAGGCGAAAUGGACCAAGUAGUAAUGCACGUAACGGGACAACGAAUACAGUUAAUAAUAAUAGAGGUAGUUCGAAGGAUUCUGCAAAUGAAAGUGGUGAUGAGUCUAGUGAGGACGAAGCAAUUAGGAAAAUAACACACUCGAAGAAAUCCGUUAAUUUACUAUUCAAUGGUAAAAAGAGAGGACGUAAAUAA